AUGGCUGGAGGUAGCACCUUCACCUGGGGCCAUGCCCUCCGCCUAGACUCGAACAAAUCGCCCUUCUCCUCACCCCUUCCCGCGACCCACAAGGCCUUCGCAAACAUCAAACCAGUAUCAUGGCAGCGACACAACAUCGGCGGCAUCCUCACCACCGUCUACGGAACCGAUGAGCUGCCACAGCACCCCGAUGAGGUGGUGGCAUUAUGGCUGCUUCACGGAAGAGGUGACACGCAAGACAGCAUGGCAUACACAGCAGCCGCAAUGCUCGAGGCAUGGAACUCCCAAAGAAGGCAACAUCAACACCCGAACCAGAAGGGCUUGAUAUGUAUAUGCUUUGAUCAGAGGAAUCACGGUUCGAGAAUGAUUGAGAAUCGGAAUAAUAUCUCUUGGAAGCAAGGGAACCCCACACAUGGGCCUGAUAUGUUUUCGACAUAUGUCGGCACAGCGCAUGAUUUGAGUCUAUUGAUUACACAAGUCCCGUCAUACUUGCCCUUCAAGAUCCAUGAUCACAUCUGUGGAGGCGUGUCUCUCGGAGGGCAUGCGACCUGGGUCGCACUUAUGAAUGAGCCGCGAAUCUCAGCUGGGAUGGUGAUUAUUGGAUGUCCCGACUACGUUCGACUCAUGACGGAUCGUGCGAUCAGAAGUAAAGUACAAUCUGCCAUUUCGUCUGACCCUCCUGGCCAAGAUUUCCUGGGUUCGCCCGACUUCCCGCAAUCUCUGUUAGCUGCUAUUGAGCAGUAUGACCCUGCAGGCAUUCUGAUGGGCGAGCUUGAUGUAGUAACGGGAGACGAUCAUUUGCAUUCUCCCUCGGAAAGGGAAGUCCAAGCUCUGCGGCCUGUUGUGGAGCGUACCCUUGCUGGGAAAAAGAUCAUAUGCCUGAGUGGUGGUAAGGACAAGCUGGUGCCGUAUGCUCAGGGCAAGAUCUUCUUGGACUGGCUCAAGCGAGGUAUUAGUGAGGGUGGCUGGGCUGCCAAUCAAAAGAUAGCACUGGAAGAUAUCCAAGAUCCCCACGCUGGACAUGAGUUCUCAGCUGUAAUGCGCAAGGAAGCCGAGCGCUGGCUGUGUGAGCUACUGUCAGAUGAGACCAGAAGUGCGAACAGAGAAAGUAAACUGUGAAGAGAAGUGUGCACGAGAUGGCAUAGGCGAAGCUGUGACUCUGUACAAUUUCUUUUUAACCUAAACAACUCCCUACUUAAUUCUCCCAGGGCGAAUGAGGCUAACGCAUCAACUCUAUCGAUUCGGAGUGAAUCCAAGAUUAGCCAGGUCCUGCAGGAAAGCGGUAUCGUUUCUCAACGACGCUCUCUGGAUGGCAGCAGUGAUGAUGCUGGCAUAAGACCAGGUCAAGUCCUCACAGCCCUGCGGAAGGCCAGUAUUUCUGUUGUACUCCUCCGCGAGCGAGCCAUCGGCAGGAGUAUAGAACUUGGCUGUUCUCAUGAACGCAUCACCCCAGCCGUUGAGACUAUCGAUAACAGCAUCAAACUCUGCUGAGCCGCUGCUGUAUGUCUCGCCAGUAGUGAGGUUGGCGCUCGGGGCGAAGUAGUCGAAGAACGAUUGCGAGGUGUUAGUCACGGCCAUGCUACCGGCAUCGCUAUACUCAGCCGAUGCAGUCCAGAAGUACUGUGCGACAGCCGCAGUAGUCAGAUACCAUGGAUUACCUCCAUUUUCUUGCGUGCCCGUGCCAUUAUAGAUGUCCUCGGGAUAUCUCCCGAUGGGUACGCCGAGCACCUGUCCAGACGAGUCCUGGGUCACGUUUGCAAGGGUAUAGGUUGAAAUGAAGCUUGUCACGAACCGGACGACUGUCGAUUGAACCUGCUCGUUGGUGUAGCUGUACACGCCAUCAUUCGCAUAGCCAUGUAUCAACGCCAAGAUCACGGCUGCGUCAAGGUAUGAUGCUUUGUUGCUGAGCACGGGACCGUACUCGUAGAGCAAAAUCCCUCUGUUCACGUCCCAGAAGACAUCUAGACUCGCGGUGAGUGCAUCGGCGGCUUCCUGUAAGGUCGAUGCCGUGGCGUUGUCGCUGACCGUGGCGGCAAACUUGGCUCCCAUGACCAACGCCCUGCGCUGUACCAUUCUGGUAUAGAAGUGGUCAGAACUUUGCUCUUCCCACAGGUCAAAGCUGGGAGAGGUCCAAUUGCGAGCCACGAACAGAAGAUCCUUCUGCACUGGUGCCACAUUCGGAUACGUGGUGGAGUCAUAUAUUUUCUGAAGGACGGUGGUCUGGUUGCCACCAGCUGCCAUGUAGCUCUCGGCGAACUCCAUCAGCGUAAUGGCAGCAGUGGCGGGUCCGUCAUUUUGCGGUCGUCCCCACGGGCCGGUGAAGACGGUGUUGUUGAGGUAGAACUUGGGCUCCCCCAGGCCAGUCUGCAGAUUCGGGUCAUUCUGCUCGACCGCUCGGGCCAUGGCAUAGGCGAACAGUUGGUCUUCAUAUGCUUGCUUGGCGUCGGCCUCAGUGGCUGCUGCGUACAGCUGUUGCACCACUUCCAUGGUGAGGGAGGAGUCUCGGACCCAGUCGUAUUCGUAAUCUGGAAGCUUGCUCUCGAACGAUGGACCACUCCGACCCGCCACGACGACCCCGUCGACCGCUCCGGUGAUGUUCGGGUCGAUGUUGCGGAACAUCUUGCUGUAUGAAGCAGUCACUUGGGAUCCAUUGGACGCUGCGAGCCAUGAUGUAAUGUCGUCGCCGAAGCCGAGAGGCAUGGCAUACGGUGCAGGUGGUGCAGCAAGAGUUGGUUCGGGCUCACCACUCGCCACGACGGUCUGGUUCAAUGACUGGGUGUAUACGGUUCCCAGGUCGACCACGUUGUAGGUCAGAUUAAGCAGCUGGGUGAUACCAUCGACAUAUGCGAGCGUGCUGGAGCCCCAGAUUUCGAAAUUGGUAUUUUCGACUCCAUUCUGGUAGCUCAAGGCCACUGAGGCCAGUGGUGUGCUUCGUCCUUGGCGAUCCGUGUAGUAGAGAGUGACCUGUUUGUUGUACGCGAGAUUAUUGAUGUACGCCGUGGUAUUGAGCACACCGCCGCAAUAGCUGAAACUGGAGAGGACCACGUUGGUGUUGCUGUCGGAAGGUGCACUCGUUGUGAGCGUGGUGGUGUCGCAAGCCUGAGCAAACGAUGUUGCGGCGAGCAUACAGCCCGUCAGGACAUGUACCAAUAUUCCCCCCGGGGGCCCCAUGGUUGGUGCUGAUAUAAAC